CAGGCAUGCCAUCCUUUAACCACGGAACUCCGGCGCUGGGAGAGGCUGGCCAAGGUCACAGAGAGAGGUGAGAUCAAUGAGGACAUCCAGGCCUCAAUGGCUCAAAGCCGCAAGAUGUGUCAGGCAGGCGUCAGACCCAAACCCGUUUUCGCUGGCGGCUUGGUGAACUUCCCAAAGUAUAUGCUCAUCAACAACUGCCACCUGAAACAGAUGGACCUGCAACGCUACGCCGACCGAUGUGCGGAGGAGGUCGAGCAGUCCAUGAAGGAGCCACCUGACGGCUCGAUGAUGGGCCGUUUGGGUGAAGCCAGUCCUAGCAGCACCGUGAGGGUGGAGAAGGAAGCGUCUUGGGGAGCUCCCAAGCUCAAGAACCAGGAUCAGGAUACCGAGCCGCUCUGCGCUGGGAACUGCAUGCCCUCGGGCCGCGCGUCGCGCACCUCCGCGUGGCUGCGCAUGGGAUAGGAACCCACCGCUGAUUUCUUGUGCUUUCGCUGCUUUCGGUGCUCGGAACGAGGACCAAUUUGGACGCCACCCAGCCAGAUUUCUUGUGCGACCUGAAGUGUUGUCCAGUUUUCCUGCCUGCUGUGAGCUUGCAAACUUUCAC